AUGCCUCGCGAUAGCUACACCGACUCCGAGAGUGGCUCGGUCACCCCAGAUCUCGAAGAGGCCAUUCUAUCCGACCGCUCGUCUAGUGCGGAAGGCAGGUUUGGUGGGCAGCGUGGACUGGCGGAACUCGAUGUCGCUUCUUCUCCUGCAGUCCUUGACCACAAGUCUUCAAGCAAGUCUCCUACGAAGAGUCCUGUCAGGCCUCAUGUCGACCACAUCCUGCACCAUGCGUAUACAACGCCUGGCGACCGCUUUCGGGCGACGGUGCGCAAGGUAAUCACCAUGAACCGUACUACGUCGUCAAUGAUGCUCUUGCGCCCUGGAAUUGGCGCAGAACCCGGUAUUGAUCCCCGCCGCGCCUCUGCGAACAUCAACUACGGCAACAUCAAGCAGCGCUGUAUCAUCGAAGUCGCAGACUACUCGACGAUGCGCAGCAGCUUCGGGCGUAUGACAAACCGCGAAUUUGUGAAGAUGUUGCGCGACCCCUCUGCGAGCCGCAGAGACCCAUGGGUGCGCGUACGCUGGAUUAACAUUGGCGGUAUCAGUUGGGACGUGAUCAGCGCUUUAGCUCUCAAAUAUGACAUACAUCCUUUGGCGCUGGAAGAUGUUCUCAGCCAGCGACAGCACUCACGCUCGAAAGUUGAUUAUUAUCCUCAACACCUAUUCCUGCGCAUAUUGUGUCACUCUCUCGGGGAAGAGAAUGCUCCUUCACCCGACGUCUCUCUGACGGAUCUGCCACGUUCUGCAUCGCCAGACUUAAUGGGCAUCGAUGACAACUCUGAUGAGGACGAUGAGGACCGCACGGUGUUUGGAAGCGCGAGCGGCUCACGCUUCUCGACGGGGCGACAGUCACUAAAGCAUCGGUUCGGCGGAUUUGGAAUGGCAGGAAGGAAGGAUCCGGAGAGCCAUGCAAUGGAGGAGCAGCCGCAGCGUGCCCCAACCUUCUUCUCCACAUUUACUGAGAAGCGGAAGAAAGUCUCUAGGGACAUGAAGCUCAUCCGUGAAUUGAAAAAGGGGGACCGUGUCAACGUGAGAAUCCAUCCAGUCUGUAUUUUUCUCUUUCGUGACGGCACAGUUAUCUCUAUCAAUCGAGAUGUUGAUGUCAACUACACCGCUCCGAUCACUGAACGUUUGCGGCAACGGCAUACUGGUUUACGGACAACAGCCGAUCCGUCCCUUCUUGUCCAGAGUCUGCUUGAUUUGAUGGUUGAUUCUGCGUUAGAAGUUGUGGAAGAAUACCAAGGCAAGAUUCUCAAAAUAGAACAAGAAGUGCUGUUGAAACCCGGCAUGCAGACUGUACGGAGGCUGCAUAUACUCCAAGGAGAUCUUAUCCUUUAUAAACGCACCCUUGAGCCGAUCAAGACCGUCAUUUAUGGUUUGCGGAGAUAUGACGAUGACCGUGUUGCCGCCCUCUCAGAGAAAAUCGAUCCCCACAUGAAGAUCCAAGGUUACAUGAGCCACAAGGCCAAGAUCUAUCUUGCGGACGUCCACGAUCACAUGGAGUACAUUUUAACUAGCAUGGACAUGUUUGCUGGAGUCAGUGAGAAUCUGAUCAAUUACACGUUUAACAUGGCAUCUUAUGAAAUGAACGAAGUGAUGCGUCGGCUUACUCUUGCCACAAUCAUUUUCUUGCCGCUCACACUCCUCACCGGAUACUUCGGUAUGAAUUUCGAAUCCAUGUGGUCGGUCGGUCACCACACGGAUCUUCUAUUUUGGGAAAUUGGGUUGCCGGUGAUGGCGAUCGUGAUUCCCCUGUUCACUUGGCCGGACCUCAAGAGGCUGGCACACUAUCUACAAAAACGUAUGAUGAAAAAGGAAAUCAAACGAGUGAGACACUUGUUCCGAAUGCCAUGGUAUGGUUUUCGCUGA